AAAGUAGACAGCAGCAAGGACAGCGGGAAGAAGAUGAAGAAUGGCGGAGGCUGCCGUACUGUCGCGACGACUUCCGCCACCAAAUCGAAAUCAACAUCCUGCACCGACUUACUGCCUCCCCUUUUGUGCAAGCUCCUCGACGCGGGCUACAAGAAGUUUGAAGUUGAGGUUCCCGUUGGCAACCUGAUUUUCACGACGCACGACGAGGCGCGGGAAGAGAGUAGUGCGGACGAGCGCUUCCUGGAAGACGAGGUGGAUGAAGCGGCGUCAGAAGAAGUGAAGCUGCGAGAAGGCUGCAAAAAAUCUACUACGAGGACCUCCACUGCGGUUAUACCUGCCUCUUUCGACGCAGGGCGAGGAACAAUCAGUGGAGGUAGUACCAAAGCACCUCUAGUGGCAGGGAAGAUAAACACCAAAAGCGGUAUAUCGGUACAGGCGUCCAUCGCCCUCGAAGCAGCCGCAUCGAAGGACAAAGCCGCUAAUACUGCUGCUUCUUCGCUCGCUCCCCCUUGCCCCCCUGCGGUCCCGAAGGCGAAGGGAAAGUGGACCAGUUUCAAAAGUACGGGAAUAAACACAGGCGAUAUUGGGCGAAUUGACAACGGGUCGGAUUCCAGCGAAGUCGAUCUGAACGCGUUCUAUAAUCCGAAAUUCAGUGCCACGCUUCCGUACUCGAGAAUCAAGAAAAAGUCGCCAUUCGGUAUGGGUUCAUAACAAGUGGUGCGAUAGUUUUUGAGGCCAUAAAGUUGCAUGUGUACUACGGAUCAUUUAUUGUGCAGCACGAGCUGCAAGAGCAAGCCACGAGAAGGCCAGAAAGAGUUGUGCGUACUACUUGGCAUUGGUACUACUUGCUAUCGGGAUUAUUUUCAUUCCACCGACCGCCUACACGUUAGUGAUUCAGCAAAAGGAAACAAGGAAUUUCCAUUCUAUUGAUGCAUUGCAAGCAUGGCCUGAAAAAAUACGGUAUCUCCCCAUCUCCAUAGCCCGCCACAAGAAGAAAGAGGAGCAAGAAGCGCUGACAGCGACGAAAAACACAGGAAAGGCUCCGGACACGUACUUCCAAUCUGCUGAUAAAUUGUCAUUUGAUCCGCAUGCUUCUACAUAACAUCUACAGCUUGCUACGGCUGUGCCCAUGAACAUGAUUAAUUUUUGUGACGAGGUGUCGUGUGAAGUACUGUCGUACUCAUGUCCCAUGAUGACAAAAAAUAGACAUGCGAGCGAGAGAAUAAAUUAACACCUGUUCAGGUUUGUGCGGCGGUCCGUGUCGAAGCGGAGGAAAAAGAAGAAAAAAGCCGCGCGACGGCACAACAAAUCUAACUCCCGCGACCGCUCGGGUGCACGAUCUUCCCGAUCGCCUUCGCGCCGGCGCCGCCGCAGCCGCGACGACAGCCGCAGUCGCGGGCGCAAGCGAGAUCGCCGCAGCUUAUCCGGCAGUCGCCGCGACAGGAACAACGGUCGCAGUAUGUCGGGGCCUUUCGCUUCGAAAUCGCGACGAAGGUCCUCCGCUCGCGGAACUACACCGCGGAGCGCUGGCGGUAAGAAGGACCGCAGGAGCCGCAGUCGUAGCCGUCGUGGGCGUGGUCGCGGCAGCAGACGCGAUUCGAGUGCUCGCAGUGCGGGGCGCCGCGGCAACAGGAGUGGCGGAUCAAGAAAGAGCCGCAGCCGGCGGCGCGCCUCACGGUCCAGGAGCGGCAGCGGCCGACGGGGGAGGAAAACAAGUCGAGGCAGGGCACGAAGUAACUACCGCAAAAGGUCUACUUCUCGGUCCAGAUCGCAGGAGGGUGGGUAUUUUUCAACAUCCCGUGGGAGGAAACGGAGUUGCGGGAGCGCAAGUCGCAGUCGCAAUCGCAGCGCAGGCUCGAGGAAUGGCGGAUCUCGUCCGCGGCGCAACAAGAAUCGCGACAGGUCCGCUUCAUCCCGCUCCGGAGGAGGCUCUCGUCGUCGCCGUCGAUCGUCUGUCCGGAUCAUAUCCUCUGCAAAAGUACUGGUCGUACUCCUCGUAAUUAAAAAUUGCAAUUAUACGUACAAAUACUACAAGGACUUCUAAAGUUGUACUAGACUGUGACUAGUACUAGACCACAGCAAUUACAACUUGCUAAGUGUAAGUUCAAAAAAAUUCAUCCCACUAGUGCGAUCAUGCUUUUGCAAUCCAUACCGAAGUCUUCGAAAGAACCAAUCCCGGUCGGUCUCUCGCGGCGGCAGUCGGCGGAGCAGGUCGCCGCGAGACCGCGGUGUCAAGCGGGACCGGUCUUCUGGGACGACCCCCGGUGGUCAGGUGAAAAUAAACAAGACGCAAGCUACCAAAACUACCACGAACGAAAACGAGGACAAGAACGAUCUGAACUCUCCUGCUCCUCCUGCCGAGGACGGUGCAGAAGAGAAUGCGGACGACCGACGCAACGACAACCGGUCCCGCUCUCGGUCCACCGCUCGGCGAAAGCGAUCGCGACGCCGAAGGCGCAGAAACGAAGAUAGAAAGGAUAGCCCCACAGAUGAAGUAGAGCAGGAGGACAAUAGUCGGAGUCCGCAAGAGCCGCGGCGUCGGGCGCGGGACCGUCGCAAACGCCGGCGGCGGAACCGCCGCGAAUCAGGGGUCGACGAGGGCGACGGAGUAGAGGGUGGUUCUGGUUCCAACAAGGACUCGCAAUCCAGACACAAGUCCUUGAAAAGCUGCAAAAAUGAAAAGCCUCCUGGCGCUGAUGAUACCAAUCAAGUACUAGAUCCAGCACUACACGGUAAAGUAGAGCAGGAGUCUGCUGCAGUAGAUCACGCCGAAAUAGACAAAAAUCAACUGCGGAAUGAACAACAUCCUGAGAUGCGAAGCGACGACGUCGGCUCAUGUCUCCGUGGUCUUCUCGCUCCGACUUUGCUAGCCGAUGCGGCAGGUCAUGUUGGACGAGGUCAAGAAGACAUCAAGCGGGAAGGCGGUACAGAAGAAAAGACGCUCAGCCUCAGUCGAAAAAGCGAAAAGGCGAAUAAACAGGCUGCAAAAACAUCCACGCCCGAGUCCGUCGGGGCGUUCGGGGAAGAAAGCCCGCCGGUGAGCGACGAGGCUGGUGCACCAGAAUCCUUGCGUAGUUCGGAGCGCAUACUGAGCCGUGGAGUCGGGACUACGGCGUCAAGCCCAUCUGGUAAGCUGCCCGUGUCCGUGAUUAUUGUUUUAAUUAUUUCUGGCUAUCUUGCUUUCUCAUUCUCUGCCUGAUGGCAUCGAGUAGGGCGGCAACGAGCGCUAAAAUUCUUCAAUUGCGGUUGCUGAUGCGAUCAGUUCGUCCUAAACGGAUGGUCAUGUCAAAAAACACAAACAACUCACCAGAUUCGCACAUUCAUGGCACCGCGACGUGUCACUCUCGUCAAGGCAUCGCGCACCACCAGCAAGAACAGCAUCAGGAACUGCAUCAGUUCCAGCACCAGCCACAGCCAGCAACGCCAAGGGGCGAAUUUCUCGAGCAGCAGAGUCACGUGCAGCAGCAAUUUUUUUUCCAGCAGCCGCCCGUCGACCCGCAGUUGUCUGUGGAAGAGCAAGAGGAGCAGAUACGGGCCCAAGCUAUGCACCUGUUCCAGCAAGAGCCAAAAACGCUGGAGGAGCAGCAACAGAUUACGGCCUACGUGGACAGGCUUUAUCUUGCGGCCCAGCAAGUGCGAGAACGAAACCCGUUUUCAACGUCUUCUGCUACCCAGCCGCAUGAAGUUUUAGAGCAUGUUGCUGUUGAUCCGCACAGCACUCCUGCAGCUGCGCAGCACGUAGUCGCGCAACACCAGCAGCACAAUCCAUACGCGGCUACUCCUGUCGGAGGCGCUGGUCGGGUGGCUCUGCAAGCGGGGAGCCACCAGCACAUGCAGCAGGCCGUCCUCUCCCAGCAGCAACACAGCCAACAGCAACAGAUGCUCUACUCGUCUGAAAGACAGCUGCACACGACGCAGCAAGCCCAGCAGGAUCAACAGGCUUUGCGGGUGCAGCAACAUCAGCAAGAGCGACAGUAUUCUGAUUGCGGUCAGACCGUUGUGUUGACGAGCGGUACAAUGACCCCUGGUGCAGCCAAGAGCAGUGUACUGCACACUCCGAUGAAUGCUGCGGGGCAUAAUUUUCAAGUUGCAGAAGCUCGCCCCACGACCGCGGCCCACCAGGAACUGCAAGCGUCGACUUCUACUACAUUGUCGUCUUCAUCAUCAUCUGCCGCCGCUGUGGGACACGCAAACGGUGGCGCUCCUCCUGGGGUGGCCACGCCAGCUCCCGGAGGCGCCGUUACGACGCAACAGCAGCAGCAGCAGCAGCAGCAGCAGCCCCAGCAGCAAGCCACGAGUAAUAAAGUACAGCCUCCGAUCCCGGCCGAUGUGCCGAGUAUCACGGCGCAGGGCUUGAUUCACUUACACCUCAUCAAACUUGGAAAAAAACGGUCCGUCACCUUUUCGCUCGCGCACAAGGUGUCUGAUCUGUGCCAGCGGUACCUGCCCGCGCAGGACUACCACACCUGCUUCGAGAUCGACCACAACCACCCGGACAAUAAGGUUUCCCUGAUGCACUACGGGAUUCGGGUGCUGCAACUCACGAGGAAGGACACGCGGACGCUGGCACAGCUGCUGCUAAUCGGGAUGAACUUGAGUGGCGCGAACCCGAAUCAGGUUGCGUUUCCGACGCAGCUGACCUUGGAAGUGCGGGAACUGGGAAUCCCCGUGUGCUUGCACCACGCGGACGGCAGGGUGUCGAAUACCAUGUACUCCGCCUCCACCACGAUAAAAGCCAUUUUAGCCGGGUUGGCCGGAAAGUGCAUCGCGAAAAACCCGUCGACAGGUAGAGAACAGCUGUUUACAUAGUUUUUCAUGUUGAGGAAGAUAGAAGUACCCUUCUGAACAAAAUUCAUCGCACUUAUCUUUUCCUCUGGUACAACGUCAACAUGGUCGUCCAAGUUUGGAUUUAGAAAAUCGGAGUUUUUGUACAAAAUAAAUACAAGAAUGCGACUUGUUACAAACGGAAAAAACAGGCUUUGAAUUCAGCGACACACUGACGGUGGGCGAGGCGGUUCGGGAACAGAAGUUGGAUAAAGUAUACAUGAACAUAGAGCAGGACGCGUGGGCUUGACCACAUUUCAACCACGAGGACCUGAAGUAGCGACCGACAAACUUAACGACAACACACGCACAUCGACAUCAUCUUCAUUGCUGUGGUUCAAGUUCUUUCUUUCACACCGACCAAAAAAGCGCUUCGCUCUUCUUGAUGUGCUUCGCUAUAGGGCACUGCAGGCGGCUCUGACGCCGAUUCGGCGGACGGUAAGGGUUCAAGUUGUAGUUUUUCAAAACAGAACAGCAGCGAGCGAUUCUUUAGACGAUCGACGCUAAAGACUACAUGGCGACAUCAAAGAAAUACUUCUUACAUUUGACUCGCAGGCUUUCACCGCUCUGGCGACCGACUGAUAGUGCUUUUGAUUGAAGAAACCUGGACGAGAAGGUAGUAUAUUGAAAGAAAAAACUGUGUUAGUGUAGGUAUUUCAGAAAGUGCGACAUUUUUUAAUAGCGAAAGUUCAAGACUUUUUUAAAAGCAGGCAAGUCCGGUUUUCUUAAUGCUGCCUGUGUUGUGGUGCUUGGAAUACAAGUAGCUAGCGGCUGCUUCGGUAAUAAUUGUCUUUAGCUAGUUAAGGGGGCAGGGCUCAUGUUUCUGCUUCGAAACCCGCUGGGCAUCGUCGUAGUACUCCUCCAUGUCGGUGCUUGUUGCGUUUUCAUUUUGAGAAGAGAAAAGUCCGAAGAGCUGAAGGCGGAAAAGAUAAUUUUAUGAGUGUAAGCGCAAAGCCAACUCUUCAGGUCGCGUUGAAAUGGAGGCACUUUCUCGACCCCCCCCGACCACCCCCCCAGCGCGAGAAUGAAAAUGCUACACUCGCAAUUUUCUCUUUCCUAAUCCCCACCUAUCAAAAGAAAAAAGAAUCAGUGUAAAUGGCCAUCUUGGAAAAGAGAUCCGAACGAGUGUAGUGCAAUUUCUGGAGGUCCUUUUGACCCCCCCAAGGAGAAGAGUUUCUCUGCUACACUCGUCAUUUUCCCUUUUCCGGGAUGUUGCCUACACUUUCGCUUUUCUGUUUUCCCUGCCCGAAUUGCAGUCAACGCCGUUCGCGCAAGAGUUCUGGAACUUUCGGCCUCCUUAUACUUUCAGCGUUCGGACUUUUGGAGUCCUGCCUCCUUAACUAUUCACAUAUACCGAAGCAGCCGUAGCUAGUUAUGACUACAUAAACUCACCUUGUAAACGUCAACACAUACCAGGUCGCUAAUUGCGCCGCAGCUCGAGAAUUUUUUAGUUUUGCAUAUCAAAAAAAGUAGUGAUUUUUCCAACACCUACACUAACACAGUUUUUUCUUUCAAUAUAAGUAGUCUACGAGAAUACAAUUCGCUCGUGUUGUUAACCAGUAAGUUGGUCAACAAUGUGAUGCGUGCAAUAUUGAAAAGUAGAAGUGUGAGUUCCAGUAAAAAGUGAAUGAACCUCCCCGCCCAACCACGACCAGGACAGACUGACAUACGCAGACGACUACGACAAGAACAGUCUGCAUUGGUAGAAUUUCAAUUUCUUAUUUGUGCUUCCACUUGUACAAGGACGGAUAAAGUCAAUGCCAAGAAAAAGUCCAGACUUGCAAGAACACAGCCCGUCCUGCUGUCGUCUCUGGUUUAUAAAGUCUGUAUCUUGUUCUUGAGCAGAAUGUGAGUGUUGACCUUUCUAAUUUUAGUACGCGUUUUGCUUAUUCUUUUCGUUUUCUUUGAAGAUGAUAAAUACGGCGAGUUGUGUGGUUCAUUUUCUUACAGCGCAUGCUUCGUGCAUGUCCAUCGUGUAUGGGGUGAACUCGACUCGUCGAAGAUUGUUGAAAGGACGCUAUCAUAGAAAUGGAGAUAGUCCGGAUGGAUAUUCUUUGAUCUUUCAGCUACGAGGAAAUAUAAGCGCGCCGAAGUGCUCGUGCUGUAGCUCGUGAGGCAUCGUGUCAGCGUCGUGCCUUGCACCUACUUCUUCGCUGGAGCAGGCAUGUUGAUGCCACUGCAGCUGAGCAGUCAUAUCAGAAUUCCACUUCUUGUCAGCUACGUUUAUAAUUUGUUCAACAACAGCAUCAACACC